GUGUGCGGGUGGACGUUCUGUGACUCAUGGGGUACUUGUAUCAUCGUGGGGCCACCCUGCUGUGGCGUGAAACCCAUCAAUAGUCGUAAUACCUGGGAAAGGGAGAUAACUGCCCGUAUCCUAGUCGUGUUGGAUGAACUGCGUGCUUGUUGUGGAGUUGUGACUUGAUGCGGAUCGCGUAAGACAAAGACAAUGGGGAACUGCUUAAAGGCUCAAGCAGCUGAUGACAUGUCACUGCUUCCUGGUGCGGAUGUGGGAAGGCUGUCAGCAUCUUCUGAUCAACUUGGGAUUCCUCCCUCAUAUGCACCUGAGGUAAAUUCAGUGGACCGUGCCACCGUGUUUUACCCGUCGCCGAACGUGGUGCGGACAGCCGCCCAGCUGACCGAGGAGGAGCAGGUCAAGAUCGCCAAGCGGAUGGGCCUGAUCCAGCACCUGCCGUCGGGCACGUACGACGGAGCCGCGCGGAAAAACAAGGAGUGCGUCAUCUGCAUGAUCGAGUUCUCGGUGGGCGAGCGGGUGCGCUACCUGCCCUGCCUGCACACUUACCACACAGAGUGCAUCGACGACUGGCUGAUGCGUAGCUUCAUCUGCCCCAGCUGCAUGGAGCCCGUCGACGCCGCCCUGCUCACCAGCUACGAGACCAGCUAGGCGAGCGUCGGCCGCGCCGGGGCCGGGUGGUACGCGCGCUCGUGCGGCCCGGCGGGGGACGCGGGGUCGCCUGCGAGCGCGGCCCGCGGGACUUGGGCGCCGCCGCCGGAGGUGUCGGCCUGGGCCCUGCGCCGCGCCAUCGGUCUGAGGCCGGCGGACGCUCGUGACGGGGCAUUGAGGCGCGGCGUGCGCGUCGGAUGUGAGCGGGCGCGGCGGGUGUCGUGGCGUCCCGGCCUGACUCCCUGACGGCAGCCGCGGCGGAUGUGAGCGGGCGCGGCGGGUGUCGUGGCGUCCCGGCCUGACUCCCUGACGGCAGCCGCGGCGGAUGUGAGCGGGCGCGGCGGGUGUCGUGGCGCCCCGGCCUGACUCCCUGACGGCAGCC